AUGUACAUAAAAAUAUAUUUCAUCUAUACUACUUAAUGGGUAGAAGAUUUAAAAGAACGUUUAAAAGAUUUUACUUUAUCAAUAUUUUAAAAUGAAUAAAUUACUCACUUGUAAAAACUAGUUUAAAAUUAUGAAAAUUCACAAUAGCAUAAUAAUAUUUAUUAAGAUAAUUCUAAAGAGCUGAAAAGAUUGAAUGAUUAGAUUUAAAAGUUACAGAAUGAUAAUUAUGAAAUUAAACAAAAGUUAAAUCAACAAGUUUAAGCAUAUCAAGAAUUGAACAAUCAUGCUGAAAAAAACUUUACUGAAGCAUAAUAAAAAUGGUUUUCUCUUUGUAAAGAAUUGAUGGUCGUUUCAAAAGAUUUAUAAAAAUAUCUAGACAACAAUUAAUCGAUGUAAAAUUAAUAGAAAAUCUAAAAUCUAAAAAAGAAGCUUUUAUAAUAUGAAAAAUUCCUUAAUCAAGACUUUGAAGAUUUAAUAAAUAAAUCAUAAGAUAUUUCAUUAUUUGAGAAGGCUAGCAUGGCUGAAUAAGAGAUUUCACAUAUAACUAAUAAUUAAUGUAAAUAUAAUUAUUUAAAGAAAUUAGAAUUACCAACUCCAAUCAAACCAAUUCAUGUAGAAGAAUAUGUUCCAUUAAACUAUCCUAAAAUAAUUUAGUUAUUUACAAAAUCUAAUAAUUAUUAGCAUGUAGCAAAUGUUUUAUAGGCUUUGAGAUGGAGAAUUACUAGAGCCAAAAAUGCUCUAUAGAGAAGAUAAGUGGUUGUUGCUUAUGCAACUCAUGAUAUAAUAGGAACUCACUCAAAAAAUAUAUUAUUAGCUUAAUAUUUAAUUUUAAAAUCUCACAAUUUAAUUUAAUGUUAAACUUUAAAAUUACUAAAUGCUUUAGCUUCAGAUUAUCAUGGUAGAUCCUAUUUAACUUUAAAUCCAACAUUAAUUAAAUUUCUGGUGGAUCUUAUUAAAAAAGAAUAAUCUGAUAGUCUUAUAAGAAAAAAUGCUAUCGGAGCUCUCUAAAAAAUGUCUUUAAGAAAACAAAGUUAAACAUUUAUGCUUGAAAAUAACAUAAUUUAUCAUACAUUGAUAAUUUUAAAGAAUGUAAAAUAGAAUACUAUAUUAGGAAUAAAAUAAUCUAAGUGAAUAUACUUAUGAAUAUAUUACUGCUCUUAUUAUGAAUUUAUCAUUAAGUACUAGAGGAAAGGAUGAAUUAAUUCAGCAUAAAGAAUUAGCAUUUGAAGUCUUAUAUGAUCUUAUUGAAUAUCCAAAUGAUUAAAUAAGAACUUUCACUAAUGGCACAUUUUAUUCAUUGUUCAGCAGAAAAACAAUUAGAGAUUAUGCUUAUAGUCUAGGAAUACCAUAAGAAUUACCAAGAUUAUUAGAAAAUUCGGAUGAAAAGUUCAAAAAAUAGAUUCAAUAUAUGAUUGCUUAGUUAUAAGCUGACGAAGAUGAUUAUGAUUAAUCAUAAAUGGAAGAAGAAAAUNUAGCAUAAUAAUAUUUAUUAAGAUAAUUCUAAAGAGCUGAAAAGAUUGAAUGA